AUGGCAGGCUACAACUUAGACCUAGUAGCUGUGCAGGAGUUCAGGCAAACUGGGUAUGGUCAAAUCAAUGACGAAAAAACGGUUUUUAUCUAUUCAGGACGACCCGAGCGGGAAGAUCACAGUAGAGGCGUGGGUUUUUUGAUGUCCAAGAAGAUUGCAAGAAGCAUGGUUGGAUGGCACCCAUUAUAUGAAAGAAUGAUGGCGCUAGAACUACAAACGGGAGCUCGUAAGCUACUUGUUGUUAAUGUUUAUGCUCCAACAGAAAGCAAGUCAGAAGUCGAAAAAGAAAAAUGCUACGACCAACUGAACAGUUGGUUCAACAGUCACAUCAGACGAGGAGAUAUCACACUAUUCCUUGGUGAUUUUAAUGCAAAAAUAGGAUCCGACAAUGCCAAUGUUAAACAUAACCUUGGAUGCGACUUAGAACAGACAACCACAAUAUGGCUUCCACUUAUUCAAAAAAUCUGGAACGAGGAAUCUUUACCUAGUUUGUGGAAUGAAGGUACCUUAGUAAAAAUCUCCAAAAAGGGAGACACCAAAGACUGCAAUAACUAUAAAGGCAUAACCUUGCUUCCUAUUCCAAGUAAGAUAAUAAGCCGUAUUAUUCUAUCACGCAAUUCAGAAGAAAUAAACAAAACGCGUGAUAAUCUCGGAUUUCGGGAAAACCAUUCAUGCAUUGAUCUAAUCAACACAGUCCGCAUUGUGUUCGAGCAAUGUAACGAGUUCCGGACAUCAGUAUACGCAGCCUUUAUAGACUACAAAAAGGCGCUUGAUAGUGUCAACAGAGGAUUUCUUUGGAAUAUUUUAGCGAAACGACAAGUUCCAACCAAAAUAAUAAAUGUUAUUAAAGCAAUAUACGUUGGAUUCAAAUUUCGAGUAUUGCACAACGGGUUGUUGUCAAAUACAUUUGAAGUAGCCACAAAAGUAAGACAAGUGUGCAUAUUAUCAUCACUUGUAUUUAUCCUAGUGGUGGAUGAAGAGAUGCGAGCGUCCUUAAAAGACAACAAAGGUAUCCAGUGGAACUCAUUCAUGCAAUUGGAAGACGUGGAAUACGCAGACGAUGUUUGUCUACUCAGUCAUAACAUCAGAGAGUUACAAGAAAAUAUAGAAGCAUUUAGGAUAAAUGCAGCAGUUGCCAGCCUAGAGAUUAAUUGCAACAAGACAAAAGUAAUAGCGGGAGGAUACAGCUCGAACUCUUCGCCAGUUGUUAAAAUAAAAGAAGAAACGGUGGAAUGCGUAGAUAAAUUCUAUUUUCUAGGUAGCAUAGUCGCAACUAAAAGUGGUGCGGACGAAGACAUUGACUCUAGUUAA